AUGGAGAACACAAACCCGUUUGAAUUUAAAAAGGUGGACAAGCUAAACCUGGACAAGUACAAUGUUCCCCCGUAUUUCGAAGAAGUCCUUUCCGAGUUCAUCGCAAAAUUAGUGAAGACACAUCCAGACAAUGCGUACCUCUUUGCGCUCAAUUAUUUUGAUGAUAAAUUGAAGGAGCAUAAUUGA